AGGAAAUCAAUCUGCCGCAAAAACUACAAAGCUGGAGCUUUGUCCAGUCACCAUCGAGCAUGGAAUUCCAACUGUGGAAUUUACAACUGAAGAGGUGAAGGCGUUCACCAUUGAAGAAGGUCUCCAUCAAGCAGUCAUCCUUAAAUUCUCAUAUGGUAAACCUGAUCUGCAUGAGUUACGACAGGUGAUUCCAAAACAGUUCGACAUUAAAGGCUACUGCAAUAUUGGACAAUUGGAAUAUAGACAUGUAUUAGUAAGGUUCGAUUUGUUUGAAGAUUUUGUUCAAGUCUUGUCAAGAUCCACAGGUUACAUUAAGUCGAAGGGAGAUGAGUUUUUCUUCAGAUCGUUUCCAUGGACGAUUGGAUUCAAUCCAAAAGAGGAAACUUCAAAGUCUGUUGUGUGGAUUUCGUUACCUAAUCUACCUGCAAAUUUCUUUGCCAAGAAGUCGUUAAUGUCCAUAGCUUCAGCUGUUGGGAAGCCUCUUGCAGUAGACAAAGCUACACAAGAUAGAACAAGACCAAGCACAGCUAGGGUUAAGGUACUUCUUGACCUACUUGAUAAACAACCUAAGAGGGUUAGGAUCAAUAUUGUUGAUACAAGCUCUGGCAAGUUAGUUGAACAUUAUCAAGAGAUCGUCUAUGAUAAUCUCCCAAGUUAUUGUACCUACUGUAAGCAUCAAGGACAUAUUGAAAAAGCAUGUCGCUGGAGGAUUGAUGAAAGUAAAGAUGGUGUAGCUGUCGUGGAUGCAAGUGCAGACCUGGACAGCCUUGACAAAUUGCAAGGUGAUGCAAGGGAGUUCUUAAUGCUAAAAAGGCUAUGCAACGAAGUGGUGAAUCAAGAAAACAAAAUCCAGUCGAUCAGCAGGUGGUACAAUUAA